ACCAAGAUUUAAACAAAAAUAAAGUAAAGAAGAAAUGUACCAACCGUUUUAGAUUUUUCCGUAUUCCAAGUGGCCUUUGACAACUGAAAUAAAACUUCACUAUUUUAUACCCCACUUCGGUUGUGUUUGGACGUCUCAAUUUAAAAUAUUUUUCUCCCAAAAUUGUACGUAGUUUUUUUUAUAACUGGAAAUAUGUUGUCAAGUGAUAGAACGAUGGCGCGACUUGUGAUGGAUUCCAUUGAUGCCAUGGGUGGUUCCGCCUCCAAAGAAGUGAUCCUGCGUACUUUGAGCACGGCCACCAGAACCAGAGUCAUAAAACUAGUGGAUAAAGUGGAUGAAAUCAUGGACUAUUUUGUGGAGAGAGGACUAAUCCGAAAGCAGAAUGGAGAGUAUCAUAUCGUUAAAAUAAUUGAUACACCAAAGGAAAUAUUCGAUUUUUACAAUUAAAGAUGAUACCAAUGCCAAGGUCAAGAACUUGUUCAUUGUAAAUUU